GUAGACACUAGGAAGAUCUUUUCAAGUGACAUAGUUACAUAAUUAUGAAAUUUAUGAAUAUUAUUACUAUUUUAUUUCUUUUUGGGAUUUUUAUUUCAAUUCAUGGAUAUCCAGAUUAUCGAGGGUUAGUGAACAAUUACAACAACCGAAAAGUAGUGGGCUAUGGGGAUUUUUCGGCAGUUUAUUUAAAAGUUUCAGAUUUUUCUGCUCAAUCUCAACUUUCUUGGGCUGGUUUUCCAGUUAAAAUCUAAUGAACAUCAUUUACUUAUCAUGGACAUAUCAUCAUGUGUUUUAUCUUACGUUUUCGUGAACCUAAUUGCUCAUUCUUAUAUUGUUGAAUUGUAUUUCUAACAUUAAGUACACUAUGCAUAAAUAUGUAUUUCAUUAUAGUUCA